GGCGCAGCCGCCUCUUCCGCCGGGUGGCUGCGACGCCAUGGAGCGGGCUGCGGUGCUGCGCAUCAAGCGGAAGCGCGGCGGGACUGAGCCGGCCGAGGCGCUACUGCUCGCCUGCAAGCGGCUGCGCACCGAGGAGGGCAAUGACGCCCAGCCUGUGGAGAAAACCCUCUUCAAGCUGGUGGCGACCGUCUCCUCCAAGAAUGAACCGGUUCAAAAAUAUGUACAGAAAGCGAUCGCUCGAGACAAAGCAGUGCAGAGUCUACAGCCCUCUUUAGGAAGCACUCAGCGAAUCCUUCAGGAGCUGCGCUCUUCCACGGAACAGAAAAGGAAGGAGAGCCGUUACCGUGUGAUAGCCAGCCAUCGACCCAGCUGUGCUGAAACAGCUGCAGCUGUCCCAAAUGCUGAGGCGUCGAGUGGUGGUGACAGAACGGACUCUGAAGCAAGGGAAGAUGCUUCACAAAAGGAGAGCACUGCUGUUGAUAAGAGUUUGGACUGCUGUGGGAAAUUCCAGUUGUUUGAUAUUGAACAGGAAGAGGAGCUGGAGGGAGACUCCAGUGAAGCUGCUGCAAACCCACAGCAGAAGACUGAUCCAGAUGUGAUUCUUUGCAAUGCAGUAGAAAUGAUCCGUGAGCGUUUACAUGUUUCUGAAGACAGUAGGAAAGGAGACCAUGAGAAAGAGGAUGAAUAUGUUUAUGACAUCUACUAUAUGGAAACAGCAGCUCCUGGCUGGAUCCAAAACAUCCUUUCUGUACAACCCUAUCAAGAAGAAUAUGAACUGGUACCCGAUGAUCACGGUCCAGCAGAAAUAUAUGAGGAUGAAGAUGAUGAAAACGAUGAAAACAACUGGCGCAAUGAUUACCCUGAUGAAGAUGAAUUCUUACCUGAGGAUGACUAUGAUGGAGAAAAAGAGUCUGAAGAGAGUCUCAGUGAUGAAGACCAGUGUUACAGGAGAAGAACAUGGAACAAAUACCGGCAGGAGGUUCUGCAGGAAUUCGGUUAUGAUGAGAUUCAAGAUCUGGAUUCUGACUAACAGCCUACUUUUGAAGAUGCUUUUGAAAGUCAUACUGCAGUAGAACUGACAAUCCAAACAGCUGCUGGUGGCUAUUUACAAGAAUAUUAAACUGAAAAAAAAAAAUACAAACCACAAAAGAGACAAUAAAAGCUCACAAAUAGCUGGACAACCAUUUUACAGUAAAGGCUGGGAUCAAUCUUUACAUGGAUGAGCUUUAAGUUAAACUGUUGCCUGUCUGGCAUUCUGAAACUUGGUGACUGGCAUGGUUCACCCUAAUGCUUACUGACUAUGCUUGAGUAUUAGAUACUAGAUUGGGAUUCCAGUACGUGUUGAAACCUUUUACUACUCAAGCCACCAACUUCAUCUGGUAGAUUUUAAACAGAUGAAUGUGAAUGUGGCCACUUAACAGUACAAAUUUUUGUUCCAAACAAAAGAUACUACAUACUUUAAACAAGAUUUCUCUGCUCAUUCUGUGAUGCAGAGAUUGUAAAGGAACUUUGUUGGGUUUUUUUUUUCAAAGGUGCACAGCCAAGCAUUUUUAACUGUACUUAGAGCACCUCCAUAUUGCAUAUGUCACAUUUCACAAGAUAACAUUUGCUGUGAUGACAAGUGGAAAAAGACCUGGUGCUUUCUACUGUGUUUGUUCCUAACAUUCAAGUUACUCUUGUAACAAUAGAGUGUAUAAAAUGCCUUGACCUGUCCAUUUCACUGCUGGAUUUCCCUCCAGUAGUUUUCCUACUGGAGUAGAACAAAGUGUGCAUUUAAACUGUAAAUAAAAACUUUUUGCGUAA